AUGGUUACCACAUCUAUCCCAACAACCACUAAGUCCUGGACUGUUCUGGGUACAGAUGGCUUCGAUAGUUUGAAGUUUAGCAAGGACACUCCUCUUCCAGCUGUCUCCGAUUACGAGGUCCUGGUUAAGUUCCACGCGGCUUCAUUGAACUACCGCGAUCUGAUUAUCCCAAAGGGGCAAUACCCCUUCGCACAAAAGCCAGGAAUCGUCCCUGGUUCCGAUGGAGCCGGAGAAGUGGUUGCAGUCGGCAACAAAGUCACACUCUUUAAGCCCGGGGCCAAAGUUGUCACGCUCUUCAACCAAGGCCAUCUAGGCGGCUCUCUGAAUCCGCAGACCUCUGCUACCGGUCUAGGAGGUGUGAUCGACGGUACGCUAAGACAAUAUGGAACAUUCAACGAAAACGGGCUGGUUGAUAUGCCGGCAAGUUUGAACUGGCAGGAAGCAUCAACACUUUCUUGCGCGGCUCUCACAGCAUGGAACGCCCUCUACGGCCUCAAUAAACUCCAGCCCGGCCAGACUGUCCUUACUCAGGGAACAGGCGGCGUUAGCAUUUUUGCCGCACAAUUUGCGAUAGCGGCAGGGGCAACGGUGAUCUCCACCACAUCAUCCGCUGAGAAGGGAGAGCUACUGAAAAAGCUGGGUGUUGACCAUGUCAUCAACUACAACGAGACCCCAGACUGGGGCGCCAAGGCAAAGGAGUUGACACCAAAGGGCGAGGGCGUGGAUCAUAUUGUUGAAGUUGGCGGACCGACAACUAUGGAACAGAGUUUGAACGCAAUUAAGAUCGAUGGAACCAUCACAAUUAUUGGGUUCUUGGGGGGAGUGCAGGGCGAGAAACAACCCGGUUUCCUAGAUGCGCUGGUUCGCAUGUGUACUGUCCGGGGUGUUUUGGUUGGCAACCGGGUGCAGUUUGAGGAGAUGAACCGUGCAAUUGAAGCAAAUAAGAUUAAGCCUGUUGUUGACCCGAAGGUCUUCUCACUUGAAGAUGCUAAAUCGGCGUACCAAUAUAUGUGGGAUAGAAAGCACUUUGGAAAGUUGACUAUCAAGAUCGAGUAA